AUGACGACAUUGGAUAUUGCAAAUUCUCGAUUGUUCAGUCUACUAUUCAUUUGCUUCUAUGUAAAAUUUGCCUCAGCUAUUACCAAUAUUACCACCACUAAAUUCCUUAGAGAUCCACAAACUCUAGUAUCAAGUAACGCCCAUUUCAAGAUGGGGUUUUUCAGCCCCGCCAACUCUACGAAUCGCUAUAUUGGAAUCUGGUAUAAUAUCGAGGAUUCUAAUACAAUGGAAGUUGUAUGGGUUGCUAACAGAAACAACCCUAUUAGUAGCUCGACCGGGAUGCUGCAUAUAUCUGAAGAUGGAAAUCUUCAACUCUCUGAUCGACAAAAUGUGACCUUUUGGUCUUCAAAUGUAUCUCAUCAGACAAAUGGUUCAGUGGCUUAUCUCCAAGAUACCGGGAACCUUGUCUUGCUUUCAAGUGAAAGUGGUUUGACUAUGUGGCAGAGUUUUGAGCAUCUCACAAAUUCGUUGUUGCCACAGACUAGGAUAUCAAUUGCCAUCCCAAAAGGUAUGCAUAAUCCCGAUAACUCAUCAAUACUGCAGUCUUGGACGACCCCUUAUGAUCCAUCAACUGGACGCUUUAGGAUUGGAAUUAAUCCUUUGAAACUACCAGAAUUUGUAACUUGGGAUGGUGAUAAACCUUAUUGGCGAUCUGGCCCAUGGAAUGGCAGUGUAUUCCUUGGAGUGCCUUUCUUGUCUAUGGUUUUCGUUUUGAAGAAAAUGUCCAAGCAGGCACUCUGGACAUGGUAUACUCUGUGCAAAACAAAUCAUUGCUGGUACACUAUCUUCUAAAUUAUGAUGGAAAUAUGGUUUUU